AUGCACGAUGAGGAAGAGGAGAAAAUCCUCUAUAAAGAACCCAAGCACCGAAUUGUGCUCCACGUCUAUGACGACGAGAGUAAAGAAUUCACUUCAUUGACCACAUAUCACGGCAUGAUCCGUAUCUACUCUUCCCAUACCUGGCCUAGUCGGAUAUUUUGGUCGCUGGUUGUGGUGACUUGCCUAGUGCUGUUUAUUUUGCAUUCUGGUCUAAUGCUCCAAUUCUACCAUUCUAAACCGACAUUCCGGAAAUUUACCCAUGAAAUCAUGGAGCGAGAAGAUUUACCGGAUGUCACGGUUUGCCGGGAGAAUGGGUUCAAGGAUAAAUUGUGGAAAAAGUACAACCUCACCGACUACGGGGUGAAUGUGAUCUCGCGAAUUUUGCGGCAUGAAUAUUUGGACGAAAAGGAGAGGGCCAUCAUGAAUCGACUUCACAAAAAGCUUUCGGUCGAAGAAAUCUACACAAACUACAGCCUGGCCUGUCGCGAGCUGUUCUCGUCACUGCAGGUCGGCGGCUCGCGCAUCGAACCGUGUAAAUAUGCGCAGAAAAUCAUGACCGAAUAUGGGACUUGUUGGUCGUUGGGGAGAUGGCCUACGAAGAGGCCGAACGAACGUGUGCGAAUCCAGGUGCGGAAUCCGGGAGCGAAAUCGAACGUCAUUGUCCACGUGCACAGCCGCCUCGUCCCCCCGAGCAUCAGCGCCAAAGGCAUUCACGUACCGCCGAACCGGACGGCUCACAUGAUUGUACACCCAAAUAUUGUCGACUACCUCGAGAUUGGCUCAUGGGGCACGUGCAGCAAGGAAUGGGACAAAAGCAUACCAGCAAAACACGACUACACCCUCACCCACUGCUUCCGCUACUGUUUAGCGGCGCAAUUCUUGAAAGGAUGUGGCUGUGCACCGUUCCACAUCAACCACUUUGGCAAUACGACCUGCACCUUAAUAAAGAUGAAUAGUAAUAUUACCGAAAUCAUCAUCGAUUUCCCCUCCAACAAACUGGUCAGGAUCAAGCAGUACAAACGGUUCCAGGCAACAGAUUUGCUGAGUUACGUCGCCGGCAGCAUGGGUCUAUUCCUCGGAAUGAGCUGCUGGAAGAAAAUAUCGGGAUAUUGGUUGGCAAGGAUCGGAAACCAUCCGUCUUCCAAAUGCCGGAAACGAGGAUACACCCACUGCCAAGAAAUAAGCUACUGGACCGGGUGCGGAGUGGUACCUCAUCGUCGGCCGGAUCUGGCGCAAGACCAACGAGGACCUUUUCGAAUUCGAUGCCCGAUCCAAACAACAGCCAAACGAGAAGGAGAUUAUCCCAUUUUCCGGGGAUCGGAUUUUGAUAAAACGAGGCAAAUUGGCCCCGAGCUGCUUGUAAAGACCUCGAGGUCGGGAAGGCCCUUGGCGGACCAUGAUCAAUUCGGGAUGGACUUCGACGUGGAGUACUCGUUGAAUAAAAAUAACAGAUGGGAGCUGCCCGAUAUCAUUGCCUCCGAGUUCCCCGUUGAUCAGCAAACUACAAUCGCGGCUGUCAAGGACCACGAUCAAUUCGGAAUGGACUUCAACGUAGAAUACUCGUUGAACAAGAAUAACCGAUGGGAACUGCCCGAGAUUAUUGCUUCGGAGCUGCCCAGAUAUAAGCGCGCAACCCUCUCCACCAUCAACGUCGAGCUGGCCCUCAGCAAGAAGGAGCGACAAAAGAUCCAGGAAUCGAAGAACUAUGAUGAGCGCUACCACUUGAAGGGAGCAACAGCUCAGACUUUCCAAGAGAGCAUCGAUGGUGAGAUCAAAAAGAAGGCUUCGAAGACUGGAAGGACUCAGCUGAGGACAUGGAAUAACCCCAAGAAACACUCCCGACCCCAUGACUACGAGGAGGAAGGACGAGUCAUCUGCAUCUGUGGCAAGUGCAAGCCCACCCAGAAGGAGAACAUCGUCGACUACACCGUCGUCACCUACACGAGCACAUGCCGAGAUGGAGACCGACGAAAUUACCGACAAGGAAUGCAUACUGUCGAUGAGACCGAGGAACCUCAGUACUACUGGCAAAAGCCCGAGCCCAAGUACUCCAAGAUGGUCGUCGACUACCUCCCCAAGAAGAAGAAAAACGAGAUGCGCCGCCUCAAACACGAGAAGCACACCUACGCCGAGGAA